AUGCAUCCCAGUGCUCUCCUUGGUCUAUUGGCCUUCGCGGCCGCGACCUCGGCCUUUCCUGCACAGCCAACCAGGACCCGCUCACAGCAGUCGAUCCAGAACCUCAAGUCUAAUAUCAAGAAUGUGGUCAUCCUGGUGAUGGAGAAUCGCUCCUUGGACAACCUCUUGGGUGGUCAGACGCUCCAGGGCCUAGAGAACCCCGUCAACACGGGGCCCUACUGCAACCCCUAUGACCUCAAUGAUUCUAGUCAAGGCGUUUACUGUGCUGCAGCCAAAGAUUUUGACUCAAUCUAUAAUGAUCCGGACCACGCCAUUUACGGCAACAACAUCGAGUUCUAUGGCACUUUCAACCCGGACAACACAUUGAUCGCCAACGGCACGUUGGUUGCCCAAAAUCAAGGUUUCGUUCAUGAGCAAGUGCGCAAGUAUGGCGCCAAGGUGAAGAAGGCCUCUCUGGCAGCUCAGGUCAUGAACUACUACACCGAACAGCAGGUCCCGGUACUGACCUCCCUGGUACAAAACUACCUGACGUUCAACCACUGGCACUCGGAUAUUCCAGGCAACACCGACCCCAACCGUCUUGCGCUGGUUUCGGGUACCUCCUACGGCCAUGGUCUGAACGACGCUGCGUUUGACAACCAUGAGUUCCCCCAGCGGUCCAUCUUCCAGCAGUUGACCGAGACCGGUCACUCGUGGAUCAACUAUGUCGACCCUGCCGGCGGCACCGGACCUGAUGCGGGCUAUUUCGACUGGACAUAUUCCACCAACAACCAAGACAAGAUCCAGCCCCUGGCCAAUUUCUAUACCGACGCCACGGCCGGUACUCUGCCUGAAUUGGCUUAUAUCAACCCUUCUUGCUGCGGGGCUGGCACCACCUCCAUGCAUCCCUCCGGCCUGGUCUCCGACGGAGAGGCUUUCAUCAAGGAGGUCUAUGAUGCUUUGCGCGCCGGUCCUCAGUGGGAGCAGACUCUCUUCAUCCUGACCUUUGACGAGAGCGGUGGAUUCCACGACCACGUCCCCGCUCCUCUCGCUCCCCGUCCGGACAACCUGACCUUUACCCUCAGCACCCCCAGUGGUGUGGACUACACCUUCCCCUUUGACCGUCUGGGCGGUCGCAUCCCGACGCUGCUGAUUUCCCCCUGGGUUGCCAAAGCACAGGUCGAGCAGAAGGGUACCAAUGCUCAGGGCCAGACCGUGUCGUACUCGGCUGCCUCCAUUCUGCGGACACUGGGCUACCUCUGGGACUUUGAGCCUUUCACCCCUCGGGUCGAGUACGCGGCGUCGUUUGAGCACUUGAUUGGUUCCACCGCUCGGACCGACACUCCCACUGCUCUCCCUUCUGCGGUGGCUUUCCGGAAGUAG